GAUCUAUUUAAGUGCGGUACUUGAUAAUAUUUGGAUAUCGAAUCGUUAAGAAUUGAGUUGUGAAAAUGGCCAUUAGGCAAAAAGUGAUUGAGUGGUUGAAAGAAAUAUUUGUAGACGAAGAUUUUGAAGAACUCAGUUUUGAAUUCCCAAAAUAUGACCAAACAGGAGGAUCUACUUCCGAAAUCAUUUCCGUCGACGUAAAGGGCUUGAAACACGUAGAAGAAAAACAAUACAAUCUGCUCAUCAAAAAGGGUAAAGAUAAUAUCUCAGUACUAGAUAAUCUAGAAUUCAGGAGGGGAUAUGCCUGUGAAGUGAAAAUAUAUUCAGAAAUCAUACCCAUUUUUCGAAAAUUGGCCGAAGAAAAUAAUUGUUCACCAUUCGAUAAUAUACCGAAAUGUUAUGGUACUAUACAAAGAGACGACCUGUUUAUUGUAGUCUUGAAGAAUUUGAAAGCUAUGAAUUUUAUGGUACAUGAUAUUCUGACUCCAAAUGAUUUGAUACAUAUUGAACUUGUGUUGCAAGCAUAUGCCAAAUGGCAUGCAUUCAAUUUUGCAUUGAAAGAUCAAAAACCAGAAAUUUUUAACGAAAUUGGGAAACAUAUGAAAGGUUUCGAAAGCACGAAAAUGUUUCCAGUUUUCGUGAAGACCAUUGAAAAAGAAAUUGAUUUUGUAGUAGAAUUUUACAAGGACAAAAAUGAGCCGCUAAUUGUUGAAAAAUUGAAGAAUCUGAGAAAAGGAGUUGAGAAACACUUCAGAGAAUGUUUAACCGCAAAAGAUGAAAAGUACCUUGUUAUCAGACAUGGUGACUGCUGGAAUAACAAUUUUUUAUUUCAUUAUAACAAGGAGAAAAAACCAGAUCAAGUUAUCGUUAUCGAUUGGCAAAUGGGAUUACUGGGAUCACCUUUAGCUGAUGUUACCCAAUUUAUUUUUUAUUGUUCCUCAAAAUGUGAACUAGAACAUUUAGAUGAAUUGCUGAAAUUUUAUUAUGGUAAUCUCUCUGAAAAAUUGAGGGAAUUGGGAAGCAAUCCAGACGAAUGUUUUCCAUGGAAAGCUUGUAAGAAAGCUUUCAAGAGAUAUGCACCUCUUGCUAUAGCAGGUAUGCCUGUAUCUAUAAGAAUGAGCUAUAGGGUUCAAACCGAUGAAUGUUACGAUAUCGCGGAUAGUAUAGAUGAGGGAGAUUUCAGCGGAUUAUUUGGAAAAGGAAUAAGAGAUCCUGAAGAAUAUUUCGAAAGAAUUGAUGGAAUUUUAGAACUUUGUGUGCGUGAAGACCUCUUCUGAAUUUCAAAGACCAUGGCGAUUUGGAACAGAAUCUAUACUUCUUCAUAAAAUGAAAUAUUCAAACCUGAUCAUAUAAAAUAUUAUUGUUUUAUAAAUAUAAAUCGAAAUCUAGUCUGUUUCAUAUAUUUUUUUAUAUUCAAUCUGAAAAAUAUUCAAUUUUAGGGCUUUCGAUAUAUUUGGGUUUAUUACUUUUUUCAAAGUUUUGUUUGCUUCCAAUUUUUAUUUCAGUAAUUAUUUUCUGAAAUCCAAAAUUUAAUUGUCACCAACUUUUCAUAACUGAAACAAUCGGAAAUGUUAUUUAAAUAUAUUAUUAAUAAAAUAUGGCCUAAAAAUCUUCAAAUGUAUUUGGAAAUAAUCCAGAGUUUUUACCAUUAAUGCUUACAGAUUCAUUAUGUGGUCGUUUAUUUACUCCAGUAAGCUACUGUAAAAUCUAAAUUAUCAAUUUUAUCAAAAAAGAACAAUUUUUAAUUUGAACAAAAGCAGUGUCGUACCAAUGCUUUCUCUAAAAAUGUUCAAUGCAUAAUCCAUACAGACGCCACUGGUUAAAUAAAACAAUUGUUAGUACAUCAGAAGCGCUGAGAACAUGAAAACACUGACCUUAUAGUCGUCGGCAACUAUCUGAUCGUCAGCGAAAUUUAGAGUGUAAACUUAGCGUGAUCACUCCCAUGGAUUCCCAUUAUGGCACAAUCUUCUCCAAGAUCUCAGGGCUUCAUACGAAUAUAUCUUCAACAGUGUACGCAAUAUACUUCAUCCUCGUCUCAAUCACUUCUUUGAGUUGGAACUUGAGGACAAUUGAUUGUUAAUCUUAU